AUGAAGUACAAGAGUCUGGCUCCUAUACAGAUUUCUAUUUCAAAGAUUUUGUUACAUCGUUUGUUUGUAUUAUUUUUAUUACUGGUAUCAAGAGUUAAGCAUCAAUGCUUAGGUUUUGUUACAGCUAAUAAUGAUAUUGAAUGUCUUCCAGUAGACAUUCAAUUGUAUACUUGGUCAGGACCCGGUUUUAAAUCUGGUGAAUGUUGGUAUCAAGGACAUCGUUUUGCAAAUGGUGUCACAUGGGGUCGAGCAGAUACACAGGGUUCUCCUUAUUGUAUUUGUGAACAAGGUAAAAUACGUAUCUUUUACAGUCAACAACAACAACACUCUAUUGCUGCUGAUCCAUUAACUAUUCUUCGAUCAAUUAAUGGUACAUUACCAACAGCUAAGGAUUUAUCAAAAUGGCCUACUGGAAAUUUUCCUACUAUACGACAACGUUUAGUAAUUUGUUCAAGAAAUCGAACCGGUUUACGUAUAAGAUCAAGAGAUGGAUGUAUUGGAUGUAAAUGUUCUCAAAAUGGACAUUGGUUAUGUAGAAAAGCACCACCAUUAAAUAGAAAUCGAACAGUAAAUCCUCAAUCAAAGCAAAUAUCAAGAAAUCAUCCUUCUUCACGCGCUAACACAUAUCGUAUUAAUCUUCAUAUAUCAACUGUACGUAUACAACCUGAAUGUUCAUUAGGUAGUAUACCGAAAUUUUGUAUAUUAAUCGAACGUUUAUCAUCAGCAUCAAAUAUUAGUACUAAAUUAAGUCGUUAUAUUGAAAUUCCUCGUGAAACAUCAUGGAUUGAUCGUAGUAUAUGUACUCGAUGUUCAUGUACAUUAGAUGGUAAAUUAAAAUGUGAAUUUAUUAAUCAAUUAUGUACUCGUCCUUGUCUUUUACAUAAAAUACGUCCAAUUUCAAUAAUGUAUUAUUUUCCAUCGGGUACAAAAUGGUUAACACCAGAAAAUGAGAAAUGUCGUUCAUGUAUGUGUAUUAAUGGACAAAGAAAAUGUAUUAAUUGUGAUCAAAUUAUUAAAAUCGAUGUUAGUGCUAAUAAUAAUAAUGAUAAAAAACAAUUAACAGCUGAUAGUGUUGGUUAUUAUAGAUUAGUACCAACAAGAUCUAAUAUUAUUAAAGCAACACCAUGUUUACUUCAAACUAGCACUGGUUCUCAUCGUUUAAUAUUUCCAGGACAAUUAACAUGGUUUGAAAAACGGUGUUAUUUUUGUUCACAACGUGGUGGUCGAUUGAUAAUAUGCUAA